UCGGCUUUUAAACUGACGUCAACCAAUCCCAGGCUGUCGCUUCCCGGCCAAUCAGGGACGAGAGGGAGGGUCAGGUGACCAUCUGGAGGCUGUGGCGGUUUAGAUUUAAAUUGGGAUUCAGUGUGCGAGCGGUGACUGGAGGGAGCGGUAACGGCCGGGUCAGCAGCAGGAUGUCUUACAAGGAGAACCUGAACCCUUACAACAAGUUCGCCACUCCGUCCAGUGCCCUGCGAGUGCUGCGGAAGGAGCCCCUCUCGGCCGCCACCACCACCUCCCUGACAGCGGGCCGCAUGCCAGUGACUGACCACCAGGCAGAGAAGGCCAGGAGACAGGAGCAGGACGUGGAGCCCAGUGUGGACCCCGGGACCGUCAGCCUUAAGAGGAACUUUACCAUCAAUGACUUUGACAUUGGGCGCCCUCUGGGCAAAGGCAAGUUUGGCAAUGUCUACCUGGCACGGGACAAGCAGACCAAAUUCAUCAUGGCCCUCAAAGUCCUCUUCAAAUCCCAGCUGGAGAAGGAAGCGGUGGAACAUCAGCUGAGGAGAGAGAUUGAGAUCCAGUCUCACCUCCGACAUCCAAAUAUCCUGCGCAUGUACAACUACUUCCAUGAUCGCAAGCGCAUCUACCUGAUGCUAGAAUUUGCCCCCCGGGGGGAGCUGUACAGGGAGCUGCAGAAAUAUGGGCGCUUUGAUGAACAGAGGAGUGCGACGUUCAUCGAGGAGCUAGCUGAUGCCCUCAAUUACUGCCAUGAGAGGAAGGUUAUUCACAGGGACAUCAAGCCGGAGAACCUGCUCAUGGGGUUUAAAGGAGAGCUGAAGAUUGCAGACUUCGGCUGGUCCGUCCAUGCCCCCUCACUCAGGCGCAGAACAAUGUGUGGAACCCUGGACUAUCUACCACCAGAGAUGAUUGAAGGGAGGAUACACGAUGAGAAGGUGGAUUUAUGGUGCGCUGGUGUCCUCUGUUAUGAGUUCCUUGUGGGCGUUCCCCCUUUUGAGAACCGCAGCCCCACAGAGACCCACCGCAGGAUAGUGAAGGUUGACCUUCAGUUCCCAUCGUUCCUGUCUGAAGGAUCCAAAGACCUGAUCAGCAAACUGUUGCGUUAUGUCCCAGCGCAGCGCCUCUCGCUCAAAGGAGUCAUGGAGCACCCUUGGGUGAAAGCCAACUCUCGUCGCAUCUUACCUCCUGCAUACAGCUCCAGCCUGAAGUAACCACCUCCAGCCUGCCCUCUGAUGUAACGCACCCACACUACUGAAGGCAGAACAUCCAUGGAAAUCUCUUCACGACCCUUCUGUAGUCUGUGUGAACUGUACAUAACAUUGGAGGGGUCUGUGCAGCUUGUUGAAGAGCAUUUUCCCCCAAAAUCAAAUGCCUCGUCAAGUCAGAUAUUCCAACUGGCGGUUUUCUUCUCGGCUUCUAGAAGAGGUAACCUCUAAGUGUAUGCUGUCUGGUGGUGGACUGAUGCUUAGUGACUGGUGUGUGUGGCCCACCAGGUGCUGGUGAGCAGUUUCUGGCUGGGAGUUGUAGUACUGUCUCUGCAGGGUUGGAUUCUGUAUAUGCUGUAUUAUACAAGUCAUAUGUCUGGGUGUCUCUACAUCCAGCCUUCUCUGUGUGAUGUUGGCAAUUUUAGUCUGUUCUUGAUCUGUUUUGCUGUCACUUAUAUUUGUUCUUGUAAAUAAACUACUUAUUUUUAUUUUUU